ACACGUGACAGGAAGUUGAGUGACUCUCUAGAAUGCUUGUUUUUACUUAGCAUGUUUUAAACCUGGCCACGUGUUACACAACUGUAUGUUACAGUCAUGGUGAUUUGAAAUGGUGCCAGGUCAUAAUAUUAGAGGGACGAACUGUUGAUCGAUAUUUUGUAGCUCGUUCAAUCUGCCAAUACUGACAGCCUUCCAUGGAACGUAUCCCGAGCUACGGGCCCGCUGGAAUAUGAGAGACCGUAGAGAUAGCCAGGAAAGAAUCGUGCCACACCCCCCGUCGCCGUGAAUUCAUUACAACUAGGUCACAAGUGCCCGGUCGCCAUGGCUGCUGAUACUGCUAGUGUCUUUGUGUUGAGCCUGAGGACGCUGUUGCUGCUCGCGUGUUUACUGUCGCAGCACACGACUUCGUCUGGACCGACCAAAAGUCCAACAGAUGCCAAAGACUACGUGGGCUAUGGCGUGCUACUGGAUGGAGGCAGCUCUGGCACAAAGAUGAAAGUAUAUGGAUGGAAGCCCCCCACCGCCACCAAACGGGUGCCCACCGUAGAGCUGCUCAGAACCAGGCGCUUCUCUCCAGGAGUACAUACGCUCUACUCGCACUGGGUCAACAUGACACGAUACAUUGGCAACAUUGUAGAAGCCGCCAGACUUGCAGUGCCCAAGGAGAAGCAUUCAGAUACACCCAUUUACAUGAUGGCCACGGCAGGUGUCCGAACACUAAGUUUACGAGAGACGUCCAUCCUUUUUGACCACAUUAGACUUGAACUCGCCAACAGCGGCUUCUCCUACCAUCCACAAAAGGUGGAUGUCCUCUCUGGGGAGGAAGAAGCCGUUUACUCCUGGAUAGCUGCCAACUACCUGCUGGGUUUCUUUGACACUGAAAAAGCAGAUGACAAAUCUAUUGGAAUAUUAGAAAUGGGCGGAGUCUCUAUGCAAAUUGCAUUUAUACCACAUGAACCUAUGUAUGCUGAAGAGUUCCAGGUGACAGUAGCUGGAAAAAAGUAUCAACUGUAUGCUCAGAGUUAUAUGAAGUACGGUUCGGAUGCCCUUAAUGAGAGGGUCGCAAAUAUGCUCGCCAGUGCUGUUCACAAUGGAACAGACCUAAACAACCCUUGCAUGUUGAAAGGCGACCACAAGAAUGUCACAUUAGAAAGUGGGAUCACCUAUGGAAUGAUAGGAACGAGUUCGCCCUCACAAUGCCAAGCAAUGUUUGAACAAAUUCUUCAACCAAAUCAAGGCUUCGACUGCCAACCUAAACCAUGUGCAAUAGGUUCAGUACACCAACCAAGUGUAGCCAACAGCUCAUUCUACGCUAUACACGGCUUCACACACGCGCCAAAGACGCUCAAAGCUAUAGGCAGAAAUAAUACAUUACAGCUAGAUCGCCUGGAACAGGCUGCUUAUAGAUAUUGUUAUCAGAGUUUCAGUGAAGCGGGAAAUGCAAGUUAUGCCUCUGGUGACUGUCUCUUGGGCCUGUACAUUCCUACAUUGUUCACAAAAUCCUAUGGAUUUAAUAAGAACACGACGGAUAUAAAGGCUACUUCAAACAUUGGUAACCAAUCAAUAGAUUGGGCCCUUGGCGUGAUGCUAAUGGAGCUAUCGUCCAGGUUUACUUACAGCUCCAGCCAGGAGUACUCUGUGACCUGUCCAACCAAUGAAGCCGGGGACGUGACCCUUGGCUACCUGAGAGAUUCCAGCUCAAUGUCCACAUAUCCAUCUCUGACAGUCUUUUUUCUGUGUUACAUUCUGUUUCAACUAGCAUGCACUAUGUGCCAAUGUGCUAAUCAACCUUAUGAUGUGCUUUAACAACCCAAUCAUGUAAAUCUAGCAUUACCUAUAUAAAUAUAACAUUCAAGGAUUUUUAUAUGCAUUUAUGUGACAAGACAUUUUGAUGUAAAUUUUCUCGGAAUGUUUCGAUGCUGUCGUGUAUUUUAGUCUUUGAUAAUUUCUUACAGUGUUACAGCCUGCUGGGGGGAGGGGGCGUAUCUUUGUGGCGGGGAAGGGGUGAACACAGUGAAUCUGUUGUAGGCGUAUAUAAUAGGCCUAUUCUACUCUAAAAGAAAUAGCGGUAAUGGGGAAAGUGUGAGCAUGUUCGUUGUAUGUAAGUGUAUUUCGGUAGAACAGAAAAUCAUAGUAAGCCCUGCUUUUAUUGUUAUGCAACUCUCUCUCUCUCUUACUUAAAUGUGCUCAGAAAAGGGGAAUAAGCCGAUGAAUUUUACUCGUGAUAAUAACGAUUGGUUUACAUUUCUUGCACCGAUAGAGUAUGGCUGUCAUGUGUGAAAUCAAAAGACCAUCCCGGAUUAGAUCUCAAACCUGUUAGUCCAACUUACACAAUCUGACACUCUUUCUGAGAUACUAAGAUCGAGUGGACACAUGCUUCUUGGGCGACUGUUUUUUCUCUCACCGUAUAGAUGCCGAGUGUGAUUAAUAAGAUGUUAUAAAUGCUCAUUUCGGCUGACUCUCAAAAUUAGAUCUAUCUUAUCUUAUAAAAUACAGAUGUUACUUCAAAAACGAAGAUGAUUACACCCUACGCGUGUCCCUAGGACAAUCUAGUCAUGCAUGUUAAUCAGUGACUUAAAUUCUGCCAAAUGAUUCGUUUUCCUGGCUAUCCUGUGACUCUAUGGCUAGCAAACAUGAAGAAGUCUUUCUAAAAUUUUGCGGCGACUAUAUGUGAAAUCUCCUUGACCUAAUUUUAGUCUAAGAUUUUAUUACGUAUACCGAUUGUCAUUGGGAUAUUUUGUUACGAAGAUGGAAGUAAUAAUAGCAGUUAAUGGCUAGUUUCCAACUGCCCUUCUAUUGUUUUUACCGCGCUUUUAUAAACUCAUUUUGUAUCUUUCUUGUAUGUUUCUUGUAUGUUUCUUGUGUGUUUCUUGUAUGUAUGGAUUUUUUAAAUCGAUUUUUUCGACUUCUUCUACUGAUGCAAUUCUCAUCAAAUUUGGUUUACAAGCUGAUGUUCUAUGACAACACAUGAAUCAAUUUUUAAAAAAUCAACCAAUUAAUUAAUUAAUUAGUUGUAAUAAUAUUUUUUUUUGUAUUAUACAGAAAAUGUACUAAUUUAAGGGGAGAUAAGUCAUGGGUUGUAAGUAAACAAUAACACUACAGAACUGUGUGAAUUCUCUUGGCCAAUGGUAAGGCCUAAGUGUGACACAAGUAAGUUGAACCUUCUUUCUGUUUGAGGAAAAAUAGUACAAAUUAUUUUUUUUAAGGAUUUUCACAUUGUAUGUUUCUUGUUUCUUUUGGGUGAACUGUUAAAUAGACUCAGUGACUUAAAUCGAGACCAAUCAUGAUAGUAGACCUAUAGACUGACCUGGAACGUUGCAUACGGUUGUAAAAUGUGGGCAGCUUAAACCAGUAGCACAGGUCACAGGUCUGUAUGACUAGGCAACGAGCUAUUGGUCUCCACUGCCCAAAUGUUGUGACGUCGCAGGUCUGUGUUGAGGCAUUCUAUUAGUAUUACGAAUGGUUUCGCUUAAAUACAUAAGUGGUCGCAAAUUAUUGCAAACGUUUAAGACUAAAUAGGAGAAAAUAUUAAAUAUUUUUUUAAAAAGUAAAAAAACAACAACAAAAAAAAAAGUCUUAUAUUAAACCCACUAAAAGAAGACAAGUAUUUUUGGUAGUGAAAUUUCAAAUGUGUGUGUUUAGUGUGUGAUUUUUCACAGCCAAAAUUAUUUUCUACUUUUUAAUGCGUUAUAAUAUAAACUUUUUUUUUAUGUUUGUGUACAAUUUACUAUUUAAGGUCACAAUACAAAUACUUAUGUCCAAACUGACAGCUACAGUAUAGACUAAUAUUUUGUUACAUAGUUUUAUAUAGCUCAGGGCAUAAUGGUCAACUAGAUUUAAUGUAUGUAUUCUUAAUAUCUAGACUUAGUUAUUUUGUAUGUAGCUCUACUUGCAAGUAUGCUAGCCUUUGUAAUACUUUAGUGGGCCUGUUGGUGUUCAUUAGCCUCAGGAAGUAUUCACCACGUUUGGAGGGUUGGAAUAUUUCUGUUGUUCACUUUCUAUGUAAAGCCAAUGCAUUUGAUUGUAUAUAGUGUCAGUGUUUAUAUGGAUUUCAAUACAAGUCUUGCUGACAAAAAUGUUCAAUAGAACUAAAUAUAUUAAACUGAUUUUGUUUAUUGUUUCUACAUAUACUUAUUAUUUAAACUUCAAACUCUAAAUAGUGUCACUCUAUUUAAAGGAAUCUUUUCUUUUGUCUUUAAAAUGGCUUUCUUUUUUCAGGCUAGAAACUACCUAAAUAGUAAAGAUCUAGGCUAUUCUAUUAUGUCAGAAACAUUAAAGCUAAAUAUUUUAUUUUGAAAAAAAAAACCCAGCAAAAUAAGCCCAUGAAUUGGGUAUAAGUUGUUCAUGAUUUUUACUUAAAAGGAAAAUUGAAAAGUCAAUUUGUCUUUCGGUCUGUUUAUAUCCAAGUAUUCAUUAUUUAUAUGUAUUUACUUUACACAAACUACUUUGUUAUAUAAAAUGUUUUUUGUUUAUUAAAAUUUGAGAUUUUUCUGUGA